GAAGAAUUGUUGGUCGUAUCACAAUAGAAAUAACUCAAUAGUACCAUAGAGUAUGGAACCCCCGCAAAUUAUCACCAAGAGCAGCCACCCGCGCAAGGGCGAGAGCUUCCACUCGAGAACCUAUCGGCGGCUCUUUUGUUUUGUGAUUAUGCCCGUCGCCGCGUUGGUUACAAUGGCCGUUCAUCACUCACAYGGAAGACAGUACMUAACCGAAGUGACCUAUCUMAAUGGAGAAUCAAGGGCAAAAGAAACUGGCAGCUCUUUCGAGAUGAUGGGGAUCACCACUCCUUCCRACGAUGCCAWGAUUGAGCAACAGCGAAAGGCAGAGCACCAAGAUUUUCUAGUCUUAGCAAAAAAAACAAACACUGAUAAGGUGAAGGGCUACACCGAGCUGCCCAAGUGCCUUGAAAACAAUAGCACGUGCCUUUACAGCACCGCUGAGCGUCCUUCUUGUCGUCCCUGGGGACACUWUUAUGACACCAUGUACAAUCGAUGGCUUGGUGAGUACUCGACGCCAGAUGCCAAGCCAAUUCAAUUCCUGGAGAUUGGCUUCUACCAAGGCUGGGGUUUUGAGGCAUUUUCCAACUUCUUGCCGACGGCCGAGAAGCAUUCGAUGGARUAUUCAUGCGCCGAGCCCGGACCCUUUAAAGAGGGAAAAUGGCCGUAUGAAAACCCAGCCCAAAAACACAGCUGGUAUGAAAGCCUCCUGAAAGGCAACCGGUUGCACUGCGGGGAUGCCAGUAGCUACAGUUUUUUGAAGAAGACAUGGGAUACUUAUAUGAAUCGUACCGACGCUCCCCCGCUGAUGGUUGUCAUAGACGAUGGGUCUCACUUUGCUGACCACAUGGCGACAUCGCUCUUUUUCUGGUUCCCCCGCAUCCAACCUGGUGGCAUACUGGUGGUUGAGGACAUCCAGCCCAUCAGCAUGGCCAAUAAGUUUCGGACCCACAUCGUCCCGCAGUUGAUGAAGGAUCUUCACUGGUGUGGAGGGGAGGGRAAGGCUAGUGUCAAAAAUGAUCCCCUCUGCUUUCCAACGAUUUCUCCUCUCCUGCAGGGCAUUCACUGCGAGAUGCAUAUUUGUGUUUUUGUMAGAAACAAUGAACCGGCCUAUGAGCCUACCGAAUUGCUUUCAAAGAUGCCUCCCAAUGCAUUUAAGGGAGCUCAAAAGUGCCUUUUUGGGCCACACAACUAAGUAUUAAMACUUYUYUGAAGUAAUCCUCUUAACUUUCGCGACCGAUGUUUUGCGACAGACACCGGGGAAGAUGAAUUAUAUUGAGUCGAAUUGUAACCUUCCGUGUUUUGUAACGAAUGGAAGGAGGUUUCGUUGACACAACAACUACUUAUUGAAACUACGUUGCGAAAUGAGUGCGUGGUUUGUUCCCUAGGAUCGAAUGGCAACAAAGUUCAAAUAUUUGA